GGGUGAAACUGAGACCAGAAUCAUAAUCAAAAGACAAACCAAAUCGUAAAAAAAGAAAUCACCGACGCGUCGACAGUGAGUAAUUACCCAACCCACAAUUAACGCUGCUUUCCACUGUCGGUGUCAGAAACCAAAUCAAAUAAAAAGCUCCGAAAAAGAUCAACAUCUGCGAAAGAAAACCAAAAAUUAUAAACUUUUUUUUUAUUAUAAAGUUAGGAUCGUGACAUUAUUAUUCGAUUCACCCUCAUUUUUAUUCUAUGUUAUGCCGCUACAUCACCCAUCAUACACCCUCUUCUUCAUUCGGAUGAUUUUCAAUGUUCUGCAUUGAUAUUUUGGCCUAUGUCUGAAUUUUGGAAUAUGCUCUGGCAUGGCUCUUCUAAGAAAUUAUGGUGAAUUAUUUCCAGAGAGAAGAAUCAUUAUUGACGCAGCUUUCAGUUCUUUUGGUAAAAGUGAUCAUGGCUCUAAAGUUUCACGUCGUAGUAGAAGGUUUGGAAGGAUCAUCAAUAAACACCGACUUUUGCGAUGGAUUUUCCUCCUCCUGGCACUCUUUUCAAUAUUUUUAACUAUUUAUGGAUUGAAAAAUUUUGUACAAGCUAAAAUUGAAUCCAAAUUCUCAACACCACUUGAUCUUCCGGUAGAACGUAACCUACAAGAGGAUAGUUUUUCAGAGAACGUCGAAAAGCCACCUAAAAGCAAGCGUCGGAAGCAUUUUCCUUGUGAAGUUGGACUUCUGCAAUCAGUCGAUGGCCUUGUUGAACCUAAAAAUUAUAUGAACUUCACAUGGUUUUCUCUAGACUAUGUUGACCGUGAAGAAAAAACAAUGGAAAAUAAUUUAUUUGAACCUCGAUUUGGAGGGCAUCCAACUCUAGAGGAAAGAGAAAAUUCAUUUUAUGCGAAAAACCAGACAAUUCAUUGUGGUUUUGUCAAGGGGCCACCGGGAUAUCCAAGCACUGGAUUUGAUUUAGAUGAAAAAGAUAGAGCAUACAUGUCCAGCUGUAAGGUUGCAGUUUCUUCAUGCAUUUUUGGAAGCUCUGAUUUUCUUCGGAGGCCUACAAGUAGACUGAUCAGUCAAUAUUCAAAGGACAAUGUUUGUUUUGUUAUGUUCUUGGAUGAUCAAACACUGUCCAAACUUUCAUCAGAAGGAAACCCUCCUGAUGAAAGAGGUUACAUUGGCCUGUGGAAAGUAGUUGUUGUAGAAAAUUUGCCGUAUGAGGACAUGCGAAGAACUGGCAAGGUGCCAAAAUUUUUAUCACACCGCCUCUUCCCAAAUUCUAGGUAUUCAAUUUGGCUUGACAGCAAGAUGCGACUCAAUUCUGACCCUAUGUUAAUUAUUGAAUAUUUUUUGUGGCGAAGGAAGGCAGAAUAUGCCAUUUCAAAUCAUUAUGAUCGUCACAGUGUCUGGGAGGAGGUUCUUCAGAAUAAGCGGUUAAAUAAGUACAACCACACAGCAAUUGACGAACAGUUUAAAUUUUACGAGUCCGAUGGCCUCCCCAAGUUUGAACCAUCAAACCACAAUCCUCUUCCGAGCUAUGUUCCUGAGGGUUCCUUUAUAGUCAGGGCACACACACCAAUGUCAAAUUUAUUUUCAUGUCUUUGGUUCAAUGAAGUUGAUCGAUUUACAUCCCGUGAUCAACUAAGCUUUGCUUAUACUUAUUUGAAACUCAGGAGAAUGAAUCCCGAUAGACCAUUACAGCUAUAUAUGUUCAAGGAUUGUGAACGUAGAGCAUUGGUGAAGCUAUUCCGGCACAGGGCAGUUCCAUCUCCGCCAGGGACUGCUUAAACAGUUCUAAGCUCUUGACUUGACAUAACAUGAUAUGUGGAGGGAUGCACGGUGAAGGGAGAGGUAAUCCAUAUUUGACAUCACUUCCAGCUUGACUAGCUGGACCAAAGAGAGGCAAACACAACUGUAGCAAAGGCGGUUUCCGGAUCUUGUAUCUGUGGUUGAAAUGUAAUUGCCUUUGCAAUAUUGUCACGAAGAAUUUAACUGUUAUUGGGUUCAAUGGAAGACCUGGUGGGCGAAGGGCAAGUUGAUCGAUGUUUUAGUUUGUUCAGCUUCCUCGUUUUUGAGUUAAGUAUGAUUUUGAUAACAUGUGAGGUUAGUUUAUCUUUCCUAUUCAUGUAAGAUGUAACAGGUCCUCCAUUCUCUCAGUCAAAAGUAGAGGUUAUUGGUUAGUGGCUUAGUGCUGUAAGUUUUUGGUCAAUGAGGAAUUUUCCUUUUGUAACUUGUCUCCGUAUCAAAGAAAUUAACUACUUUGAUUCAUAGCCAUUGAAUUGGAAAAUAUUAAUAACAUUUUUUUUAUAAUUA